UUGUAUCCUAGAUCAUAUUGUUAGCAAUAAAAGUUAGAUAAAAUGACUGAACGACUGAAGAAUAUCGGUUUACUUAUUAUAUUCGUCGUCAUCAACUGUCAAGGGAAAUAUAUUGAUAACUGCGACCAAGAGAACAUCUGUGUGAACAGUCGAUGCAUCAAUGUUCCAGGAGGAUUCACUUGUGAAUGCCUUGAUGGUUUGCAGAUUGACGAACAAGGAUUAAACUGCAUUGAUAUUGACGAAUGUACUGACGUGGCCAAAUGCAUCAACGGUGAAUGUAUCAACUAUUUCGGAUCCUAUGAAUGUCAAUGUCCAAAGGGGUUUAUUUAUAAUCCUGUCCAUGUCGGAUGCAUUGAUGAAAACCAUGAUUUUGAGUCCGACCCAAUCACAGAGAAAUUGGAAGACGUUGAUGAAUGUACGGAGCUUCCAGGUUUAUGCCAAGAUGGAAAAUGCGUCAACGUUUUCGGAUCUUUUAUUUGCGAAUGUCCAGAGGGCUACAAACUUUUUGCGAGCAGAGUUUGCGAAGCCCUGCUGCAAAAAUGUUGGAAAUCAUACGAGAACGAUACUUGCUCAGAUAGCUUCAGAAUAACAACAGGCGAGGAUUGUUGUAACUCAUUUGAUGGUGCCGCCUGGGGAAACGAAAGCUGCAGCCCAUGCAUCGUGGUUGAACUGAGCUGCCCGGAAGGAUUCACGUACGAUGUUGCUACCGAUACCUGCUUUGAAAUCUCAGUUUCUCACGGCCGUUUUGAUCCUGUCUGCCCAGAACAUCUUACAUUGGAUAAGACAGGGACUGUUUGUCAAGAUCUUCGUGUUGGAACUUGCUUUCACAAUUUCGAAGAGAGCACAAACGAAUGUAGCAACCCAACUUUCGGUGCCGUUAUGCGAAAGUCUGAUUGUUGCUGCACCGUGGGACAAGGCUGGCGUCCUGACUUCAACCCAUGUGAAGGAUGCCCGCUAGUAGGAACUGCAGAAUUCGAUAAACUUUGCCCGCUUGGCAAAACCGGAAGUACAGACGGAAAACCUGAAACAACAGCCCUGCUGCAAAAAUGUUGGAAAUCAUACGAGAACGAUACUUGCUCAGAUAGCUUCAGAAUAACAACAGGCGAGGAUUGUUGUAACUCCUUCGGUGGUGCCGCCUGGGGAAACGAAAGCUGCAGCCCAUGCAUUGUGGUUGAACUGAGCUGCCCGGAAGGAUUCACGUACGAUGUUGCUACUGAUACCUGCUUUGAAAUCUCAGGUUUCUCACGGCCAUUUUGAUCCUGUCUGCCCAGAACAUCUUACAUUGGAUAAGACAGGGUACUGCUUGUCA